AACCUUGUGCCCGUUCGGCCCCAAUGUCACCACUAAGCAUGCGCAAAACAUCGCAAUUAUUAUGUUACCCGGUCACUCUCAAAUUUUUUUAGUCCAGACCAUAGAAAAGAGAUUUGUCCAGACUCCUGACGUAUGUGCAAGCGAACGGCCCGAUCAAAUCGGCUUCAAGCGCAGUCGCCCAGACUACACGUGAUAUUAUAUGCAUAGCUCUAUUCAGUAAUCAGUUUGUGUUAUCUAAGGUAACUAACAAACACCAAUGACAUAUUGGCUAUCCUUUUAAUAACUAGGUAGUUAGUAAAAGUAAAUCUUAGUUAAUAACUAUAAGUUAAUAGUUAUUGUAGAGCAAAUUUACCAAGUGUUCUAAGUGUUAAAUGACAUAAAUAUUUGUUCUUAUUUUACUUAUCUGUUAAUAUCUUAUGGUUAUUCAAUAGUAGUGUUUCAAAAUAAAACUUUUCUAACAAAAAUCUGUACUGUUUGAUUUAACAAAUGUCGUGUCAAAUGAACAUCUUAAGAAAAUUAGUUACGAAUGCAAAACCAAAACUAUUUAUAAGAAAAUUAGCAACAUUGAAAACUGCAAAUGAACCCACACCAAUGACUGUAUUUGACAGAAAAGCUAAAGUUAUUCAAAAACAACGAGCAGCAAUAGCAGAAGAUAGUUCUGUUUAUGAAUACAUUAAAGAAGAAGUUGGAUAUCGUUUAUCAGAUCGCCUCUUUGAUAUAAAACGACAAUUUAAUUUAGUAGUUGAUCUAGGUUGUGGAUAUGGACAUGUAUCAAAACACAUUUCCAUAGACAAUGUAAAAGAGUUGAUUAUGUGUGAUAUAUGCCAAGAAAUUUUGAAUAAAGCCAAAAAUCCUGAGCCUGAAGUAAAGGUUAGUAAAAUAGUAGUAGAUGAAGAGAAAUUACCUUUUGAAAAUGAUAGUAUUGAUUUAAUAAUUAGUUGUUUAAAUCUCCACUGGGUAAAUAAUUUACCUUCAACUUUCCUACAAAUUAAAAAUUCUUUGAAAAAUGAUGGAGUCUUUUUAGGAGCAAUGUUAGCAGGUGACACUUUAUUUGAAUUACGAUCGUCAUUACAAUUGGCAGGCAUUGAACGUGAUGGAGGUAUAGCCCCUAGAAUAUCACCUUUUGUUCGUCUUAGGGAUGUGGGAGCACUAAUGCAAAGUGCUGGAUUUUCAAUGCUAACAUUGGACACCGAUGAACUAAUUAUUCGUUACCCAUCAAUGUUUGAACUAAUGUGGGACUUAAAAGGCAUGGGAGAAAAUAAUGCUGUUCUACAGCGGCCAUUGCGACUGAACAAGAAUACUAUGUUUUCGGCAGCUGCUAUAUAUGAAAAACUUUAUGGUAAUAAAGAUGAAGACAGUGAUACUAAAGGUAUCCCAGCUACUUUUCAAGUUUUGUACAUGAUAGGAUGGAAACCAGAUCCAUCACAACCAAAACCAUUAUCCCGAGGUUCAGGACAAAUAUCAAUUAAAGAUAUAGGAGAGCUUGAUAAGAUUGUCAAAAACUUAGGAAAGAUUGAAACAUAAUUUUCUUAGUAAUCAAAAAGUUAUAAUGUUCAUAAUUUGUACCCGAUUAUAAUUAAAUGUAUUAAAUAUAAGAACAAUUAAUUGAAUACCUAAUUAUAUAAGUUAAGUUAAAUUGUUGAACAUAAUCAAUCAUUAAGUUAGGUACCUACAUAUUUUGUACAGUAUUAAUGUGUGAAUAUUUCAAGUAAAAAUGUUAAAAUAUAAAUAUAUCAAGCUGUACCCAUGAA